GAGACUCAUCGUGAGUAUGCUGGAUUAUUCGCUCGAAAUUUCACUCAAGGGAUUUGGUUUCUUAAAGCUGGUUCUCAGGAAACUUACAAAUCGCGACAUUUGCACUUUUUGUUCAUUGGUGUGAAGAAGUUGAUUGCCGUGCAUAAGAAGCGCAUGUAUAUUUAUUUGUCGAAACUUCAACUGAACUAUUGGCAGAACAAAAACGAAAAGAUUUGA